AGGGGUUCCACGCAGGAAGGCUAACCUCGUCCAGAGUGCUAAGCGGUGUCAGUGCAGCCGUCUACCUCUCUCUGGUCUUCAAGCCUUCUGUCUUUUCAUCAAGAUGAGUGAUAAGCCAGACUUGUCUGAAGUGGAGAAGUUUGAUAAGUCCAAACUGAAGAAAACUAAUACUAAAGAAAAAAACACUCUUCCCUCAAAGGAAACUAUCCAGCAGGAGAAAGAGUGUGCUCAAACUUCAUAAAAUGGAGACCUCCUUGCAAGAGCAAAUUUCAGCAUCGCUUGAGUGUCUUGCUUUUGGCAAAACUUUGUAGAGAUUUUAGGUAUCUUCUAUUGUCUUCUCACCCAUAACCCUUGGCUAAGAGGUCAGGGAUAACCAAUGUCCCUCAUCUUAAAACUUCUAUUGGUGCAUAAAUUCCAGCAGGGAGAUGCUGUCAAUAAUCUCACAACUGAUGAUCUUUGUGUGUGUAGUCUUUGCUUCCCCAUAGGAUAAGCUGCUUUUCACUUUCUACAAUGAUUCCCUCUAUUGCUUUAUUAUCCUUAAGUUGCAUGGCUUUGCAUCUUCUCACAAUUUAUUUUCAUUUCUAAUGAAGCAGUAAAAUAAUAAACAUAACCAAUAUGUUUA